GACCAUACCGUAGUACCGUACGGUACAGGCCUUUUCUAUUCUAUCUAUUGGACGAAGUACGAGUUACGAGUACAUGUACAAUUAUGUCCUCGUACCGUUCGUGCGCACGUACCUCAUUCUUUCUKCGGGACUGUGGAACAGAGGGAUGAUGUCAUUAUGACGAGGUGGUGAUCUGCCAAGCAGAACUUGUUCACUACCUCCGCUACACCAGAUAAAGAGCUCUCAAUUAAAGGAGUUUGCGUCUGCGCAACAGAUGCCUUGGGGUUUGAUACUGGUAGAGAAAAUCCAGAUAAAUAUUGAGAAGAAUGCGAAGAACAUGAGGUGAUGGAAUGAAUAAUCCUUUAAAUUACUCACACAGAAUACAUCAUAGAGACAGACCUUCAUUAACGGUCACACUACCGGUAGGUAAUAUGUUCAAGGCAUGAUAUCGUACGCGUUGGAACGGAAUCGAAACCAUACGGUAGUUGACUGAUUUUUCACUCAUCGGGCCCGCGUUUUGAACGGUAUCCUUUGAAUCUCAAGAUGAACUAAAUUCGUCUCUCUCUCCACGCUUGACUCCUCUUCUCGAUUCGACUUUUUUGUCUCAUUAGACCGGAUCCUGGGACGACGGCUAAUCGUGUUGCCGUUCGUUCUCAUCUCUCAAGCAAUACCAUACCAUGUCAUGUCAUGCUAUGCUAUAAUCCGAAUCAACCGAAACGAGAUGAAAGAUGUAAUCAACUGAACGAACGGCUAUCCUUGCGGAAUUGAUUGGAAAGGUAAACCAAAAUAAUCAGAAGAAACCCCCUGCUACAGCAUUAACGGCAGGGAUUAAAACCAGCACAACAAGAAUAAUCACCAAUAUUACACAAUCGAAGCUAUCAUCGAUGCAAUAGCCCGAUCUCCGUACCACAGUCUGACUCCAUCAAGACUUUCGUCGUAUACAGCCGUAUCAUUCCACAGGAUAUCGACGUCUCGCGCCCUAAGCAAAGAAAACAAGAAAUCGGAAUUUGCAUGAGAUACCACCAGAAACGACACGUGACAAUGAAYGAUGUAUACCCAAUAACCCGUCCCCGACUACAACCAAUACACACACAACGUCCCUAACCCCCCACCCCCGAACUUGUACAUACUGUACACCACAUUUUCUACCAACUCUUAUCCAAAAUCCUCGGACGCGUCCGUUUCAAGCACAAAAGAAAGCCAAGAUCUACUCUUACUAUCAUCAUUGCCAGCUUGCUUUUGAUUGCUUGACUGCCUGGACCAAAACAGAACUGCUACCUAUCUACACWACUUCGAAGAUCGAAAGAGGAGCGAAGUACCCGCUUCCUGUACAUACCUGCCUUAAUAGACUCUUCUUUCGUCACUGGCGACACUCUAUGUAUCCACCCGAUCAGUCGAUGACGGCCAGCGCUGCUUCUUUUUGCCCCCGCAAUUUGAAUUACGCCACCUCGACUCACUUCAUUACAUUCCACCCGAAUGCUUUUUCUUUAAUCCAAAUGGAAAAUAAUCUGUACAUACCAAGCUCGCCAAGUGGGUCGGGCCGGGUCAAGACUGGACCUGGCCCUAUCCGAACAUUUCCAUUUGUUUCAUUACCUUACUUUCUUUCCUCUGCACCUCUCCACAGCAUUCCUGUUGCCAGUGGGAAAACACCGAGAUGUUGGAAAUCCUGAUCUAUUCGUCAAAUCGACUGAUUUGAUUCAAUUGAUCUUAUCCCUGCCGGUUUGUAAUUUUUCGACCCACCAACAGACCAGGGAUUCUGCGACAACGACAGAUAUGGCACAACACACAACACGAAAUGACGCAAACCUUGCGACCCACAAGAACACAGCUAUAUUCUGCCAACAGCGAAGAAAGACAGUCAUGCACACACACACAUUACUUGUACAAACAUGUACACACAGACGCUCACGAGGUUGUUUACAAAUACUGCCCAACUCAUUGCACAUAAGGGACAGCACAGCACAACCGACGUCACAUUGUAUUAUAAAUGCACUGACUGUUACCGACUCCUUGUCACACUCUAUUACUUUUUUGAUACGAAUGCUAACUAAUAAGUUAGACACAAACGAUAGUAUUUCAAAGCAUCGGAAAAAAAAUUGAAAGUGCAUCUUUGCAUCACAGGAAUGUCGUUAUGAUUCGAUCCAUCAAAUUCAACGGAAUGUCGUCCCUAUCGAGUUCCGUUACAGUGUGUUCGGCCCAAUCCUCGACGAAGGACAAUUCUUUCGAUAGACCCGAGUUCGCUUUCACACCGAAAAUGUUCUUCUUGCCGUUUCCAGUCACGAAACUCAGCUUUUCCUUCCGGCGAUCGUCGUUCUUGGCGUCCACCCAGGUACGGACCAGGUGACCAACCGCCUUGGGGGCUUCGUGGUUUGGGCAGUGCCCCGCGUUUGUGAUUUGCACGUACCUAUGGACCGAUUUUUGUCGUGGAUUGUUGCUGCUGCCUGGCCGCUCUUCGAGAGCCCUCAGCAUGUUCCUGGCAAAGGCUGGUUUGCACCACGGAUCGUCUUGGCCAAAGACCAAAAAGACAUCCAUACCGGACGGGAUUCUUCGCAAGCAAUCGCCAAAGUCGGUGCUUCCUUCGCUCUGUAGGGGUGGGGACCACAUGAUGCUGGCAAAGGCCGCGUGGCCUCCGUUUC